AUGCGCGCCGCAAUCGCUGCUGGGUUUCAGCGCUUGCUGUCCACGGAAACCUGCUUGGAUGUAAUUUGCAUGCCGUGCAACUCAGCUCACGCAUAUGUGUCGGCGAAAGGGCCAAAUAGGCCGCCAGGAGUCGAUUGGGUCGGUAUCGUUGAGGCAACUUUGGCCUCUCUGCCAGCCGGGGAGAGGGAUGUGGUGCUCUGGGCCACACCCGGAACGGUGCGCAGCGGUAUAUACCAGGCCGGGCUGAAUCAGGCAUUCAACUCAGCUGUCACGGAGCAGCAACAACCUUCCGUUUCAGCGCUGAUCACGAGCGUGAAAGAGGGCAACAUCGCUGCGGCUUCAGCCUCUGUGUGCUCUCUAGUGGCGCAGCUGACACAGAGCCCAACGUCCUGCGAGGCGACACCCACUGUCAUAGUUGCCUGCACUGACAUAAACCCCGCCCUGCUCGCCGCCGGCGCCACUAAAGCUGGGCCUUGUCUCCUCAAGCUCGAGACGGUGCUGCUAGUUGACUCGGCCGCAUGCUUGGCUGCGGCCGUUGUGUCUCGCGUGCAGAUGUGA